AAAACUCUUGGUGCAGCGCCCAGAAUUCAACGUUGCCGUUUCUCGUCUCUUUUUUUCCUGCUUGUAAUUGAUCUCUUACUUACUCUUGGAAGUUUCAUUUUCCUGGAAACUUCACCACCAAACCUUACUUACUCUCUCACUCACCCGCAUCUCAUAGCAACCUUCACUCACCUCCAGUUCCAUCUCGGGCACCAACAAUACUUCCCCGCGACAACGCAGCCGCUUCUCCCGCAUUCCAGAAGCUAAGCUAAGCUGUUUCACAAGGGACUCAGAUAAAUCUCGCAACCAGUCUCGGUUUUUAUCCAGAUCAAAUUCCUCCUCACCUUGUGCACGCAUCUCAAUUCGAAACUAGCACAAGCUCUGAUUGGAAUUGGCCUCAGACAAUAUUAUUCCGACCUCGGCUCUGCGCCAAUAAUCAACCUUCAGAAAAUAGUGAGGAUCACAACCAGAAAAGUCGCUACAAUGCGCUCCGUGACAAGGCCGCUGCUGCUCCUCGCCGCAGCAGCUCUCUGCUCUGCCAAACCGCUACCCAGAGAUGAUCUUCAUGAUCGCGGUUACUCAUAUCUCAUGCACCGAGGAUGCGACUCACCCUGCGGCUCCGAUAAUCAAUACUGCUGUGGCUCCGGCGAGACCUGCCAAACAUCAAAUGGAGUCGCGAACUGUGUCGCUGCAAAGGGAGGCUGGGUUGGCGAGUACACCACUACCUGGACCGAGACCAGAACGUAUACCAGCACAAUCAUGACCCGUUGGGAACCUGCCCCGGAGCCUACAAAGGGCGUUGACUGUGUGCCCAAGAACGAUGAGCAAGAGGCAUGCGGCGAGAUCUGCUGCGCUGGCUGGCAGACUUGCGCAUACAUGGGUCAAUGUUCCGCGAAGCCUGGUUACGAGGCGCCCACCGCUGUUGUUAUCACCACCGAUGGAAAGAUCACAACCCAAUACUCGGCUCCUUAUCGAGUCACUGGUACCACCACUAUCACCAACAGUGGCGCGCCCACUGAAUCCGAGACUGCAACUGAGACUGAAUCCGAGGCUUCUGCAACGGCUACCGAGACUAGCGAGGGCGCUGCAGCUGGCGAGACCGGAACUGGCGGUGGAGGUCUGAGUGCCGGUGCCAUUGCUGGUAUCGUCAUCGGUGUUAUCGCUGGCGUUGCUCUUCUGCUUCUUCUCUGCUUCUGCUGUAUCGCCCGCGGUCUCUGGGUUGCUCUCUUUGGCAAGAAGGACAAGGAGAAGAGCGAGCGCGUUGAUGUCUACGAGGAGCGAUACUCCCGCCACGGCAGCCGACCACCUCCUUCGGCCUCGGCCCACUCCCGUCGUCCUCGACACAAGGGCUGGUUCGGCAUGGGCCGUCGUGGUUCCCCGUCGUCGGCCGGCGAUCGUCGUGAGAAGAAGUCGGAUGGCAAGAAGUGGCUCGGUAUCGCGGGUCUGGCGGCCACGCUCCUUGCUCUCCUCAAUCUCAAGAAAGAUAAGCGACCUGCGAGCACCAAGCCCGCGCGCUCAUCUCGAGGAUCAUCACGAUCGCGGUAUAGCGACUCUUACUACUCAUACAGUGACUACACCAGUCCCAGCAGCUCAAGCUCAGGUGGACGGACGAACCGCACUCGUCGCACACGAGACAGCCGAGCGAGGUCGUACUACUCCCGCGACAGCAGGCGAUGAAGCCUUUAAAUCCCCACUUCUCAACUUUUUAUCCCCAUUCGUCUCACAUAUACUCCCCAUCCUGUACAUGUCUCUGCAUUUGACAUAAGGAUUCGAGCCCACAUUGUACACGCUCGACUUGUCGCUUCACACAUCAAGGCUACUGGCGUUUUUGGUUGUUCACAUAUUAUGGUAUUCUGUUGAUACUGUUGCGGCUCUGGUUUUUAUUUUGCCUCAUUCACCCCAUUUCAUCAUUGAUGUUGUUAUUUUACCCACGCAUUCAUGGAUAGUUAAUGCUGCUGCUUUUUGUUAUUCGAAGAGAUCACGUCACGAAGGAAUGGAAAGGAAGAUUAGAUGAAAUGACUCACAAUGAAAGUCAAGAAGAAAAAUUACGAGUUUGAUACAAAGAUGAAUAUACUUACGAGGCACGUCUUGAUGUAAAUGCGAGCCUCAUUUUUUCACAUGCAACUUUUG